AUGGUUCCUGCAUCUCUCCAGCCACACUCUGAAGUCAGCCAGGGCCAGGACUUCACUCGCUGCCUGCCCCUCCAGCUGUCCAUGUACAUCCUGGGGUUUUUGGAUGAGAAAUCCCUCAGUGCAUGCUCUGAUGUGAACCGUCACUGGGCUUUUCUGGCUGAAGGAGUCAAAGAGGAACGUGAGUGUCGAGCGACAGUACAGCAGGAUUUCCUGCAGCUGAAGGAGUUGUGCCCUAGAAAAACCAUUCCAAACUAUGCUAAAAAAGUCAGUGUGCAAAUUCCACUGUUAAAUGAAGAGGGCGAUGUCAUCGAAGAGAAAAACAACAACCAGAGACGCAAAUCGAAGACAGAGGAAGUCAGCCUGCAGGCAGCCUAUCGUAACCUGAAAACCGACAGCAUCCAGCUGGAAGAGAGAAAUGUCUUCUGUGGCUCCUACAACACCCGUGUCCUCAUGGCCCAGUCAGACAGGAGAAGAAUGAUCCACUACAGUGGUGGGAGCUUGGUGGCCGUUGCCUCUGCCAACCAACAAGUGAGGCUGCUCAGGGUGCCAGGAGGGAAAGAGGUGUCUGAUCUGCUCUAUGGCCACCCUGGGAGCACCAGAGCUCUCCACCUCAGUGAGGAGAAAGGGCUCCUGCUCACUGCAGGCUUUGACCUCAGCAUCAGAUGCUGGGAUAUACACAGUGGUGCCUGUGUGAAAACCUUUAAUGGUCACUAUGGGACAAUCACCUGCUUGGAUUUACACCAAGAGCAGUUGGUGUCAGGAGGUGGAGAUGGGAUGGUGAAAGUGUGGAGCCUGAAGAGUGGGAAGUGCCUCAACACUCUGAUGCACAGGACUGCUGUCUGGGCAGUGAAAAUGGACGGGACCCACGUGGUCAGUGGGUGUCAGCAAGGGCUGGUGAAGGUCUGGUGUGCUGACACAGGUGCUCUGAUCAAGACAUUAGAGAAGCACCAAGGCCCAGUGAGCUGCUUGUCCUUUGAUCAGUGGCACCUCCUCUCAGGAGGCAGCGAUGGAUUUGUCCUGGGAUGGAGCAUGCUGGGAAAACUCAGGAAACGCCUAAUGGCUUUCUUCCAUCCUAAGGAAGUUCUGGCUGUGGAGUUCCUCUACCUCAGAGUCAUCAGUGGCUGUGCUGAUGGAAAGAUCCGUGUCUUUAACUUCUUGACUGGAACCUGCCUGAACGUGCUGGUGGUCAACAGCAAUGGGGACCCCGUGUCUUCUCUCCAUGUGACAGAAAACAGGAUGGUGAUCAACUCCCCAGCCAGAGUGCUGAUGUUCCAGUUCAAGGACGUCACGUGGGACUAUUCCUUACCUGCCGACAGGGAGGUGAAGGUGAAGGAGAAGCAGCCCAAGGGGAAGUCGAGCAGAUCCCCAACUCGGCAGCAGAAAAUGAGGAGCCAGUCACCAAAAGGCCGUGGAGCAUCCAAAUCUCCCUCCCGUGAAGUGAAGAAACCAGCAGCUUCCCAGCAGCCAGACGGUGAAGCAGAACAUGGCCCUUCUGUCCCUGCACCUGCACAGCCUGACGAGGCAGAGCACACUUUGCAGCCUGAAAAGAGGAGACACUCAAAUUACUCGAUGUUCCCUCCGAAGUUCCUCCUAACCAUGAGCGCACUGCAGAACACCUGCAAGCCAGCCAGUACUGAGCACUCUGCCAAAGCCAGGGAAUCAUGGAAAUAUCCACGGGAACGUCAGCAACACCGCCCUGAAAAGGUACCAACGUCCCAAACCCCUCUGCAGCACAAAAAGGAUCAGACAGAGCAGCUCCAGCGAGCGAGACUGCACAGUGACUCUCUGACUAUGAAAACAAUUUCUACACCCUUCGAAACCAAAAUGCUGCGGCUCAAGCUGAAAAAUUCCUUGUACGGCCCCAGUGUGAAAUCCUCCAUCCCUGCCCCCUGUGUUGUACGUCCCAAGGCUUUGCUGGGACAAAACAAAGUCCCCGGGGGCCGUGGUAAGGCUAUUCCUCUCCCCAGAGCUGGGGUUCACUUCACUGAUCUCUGUACAGCUUCUUCUGAGCUGAUCAAACCAACACAGAUGAAAAAUGAAGUUUCCAGGAGAACGGAGCCCUCUUGUUCAUAUCAUCCAGACCCUUUCCAGAGGGACAGUGGGUUCAGGCUUCUGACAGCAAAGCAGGCGUACGAGGCAGCUGCUGCUGCAGCUCAGGGUCAGGCACGGCAGGCAGAGCGCAUGGAAGAUCAGGAAAGGGCAAGGCAGAAAGCCUGGCUAAGGAAAGUGAAAGGCCUACCUGUGGAUUCUUUUACUGGGGAGGGGAAAACACCUGUUCCUGAACUUGGGUAUAAUGUGUUUAUCUGA